AUGGUUGUGGUGAACCGUGAAGCCACUUCUGGUCUUUCAGAGGUUUCCUUCGAAGAUGAGACGUUUGACUCUUCACCUUCUCCUGCUCCUCGCGGCGGCACGAAGCAAAGGUACAGUUUAUUCUCCUGCUCCUCGCGGCGGCACGAAGCAAAGGUACAGUUUAUUCUCCUGCUCCUCGCGGCGGCACGAAGCAAAGGGGCCUCCAGCAGUGAGUCUCCUGCUCCUAACGUCUCCACAGCCACGAUGGGAGAAAACACAGCCACAGUGACCCCUGAACUCAACACGACCGGUCACCAUGGAAACAGUAAUGACUCCAGCGUUGGACAAGAGACGGAUGUGUGGUCCAUGUUGCUGUCACAUGUGAAGGAGGUUCGGGUCCUUGUGGCGUUCGGACUCGGAGUUGUUCUGACUGUAGUCGUCUGGGCCCUGAUCAAACUCUGCUGCAGAUGCAGGGGUUCUCUACAUGUGUCUGAAACUCUGGAGCUGGUGAGCACUGAAACUGUAAAAGAAACUGGACAGAAGGACCAGGCCUCCCAGACUCCUGCAGGAGCAGAGGAGGAGCAAGGGGCAAAGGAGGUGGAAUACUCAGACAUAGACUUCUCUGCUCUGAGGAAGAAGGACCUCCCCCAGGAGGCCCUCACCCAGGAGGCCACAGAGACUGAGUAUGCAGAAAUAACACCAGGAAGGAUCCAGGAGGAGGCCCAGGAGGAGGAGGCCCAGGGAGAGGAGGCCCAGGAGGAGGAGGCCCAGGGAGAGGAGGCCCAGGAGGAGGAGGCCCAGGGAGAGGAGGCCCAGGGGGAGGAGAAAAUGGAGGAUGCAGAGUGUCUAGCAGAGGACUGUGGUGAGAUUUAG